CCCCGGCAAGAAGCUGCGGCUCUGGGGUUUGCAGCCGGACGAGGCGGAAGUCGCUCUGUUCCUUUACAGUCCCUCAGUCUGGCGGAAAUUAAAGAGCUGUAAGAGAGGUUCCGGAGCUGGCCUGGCGUGUAGGUGGCCAGAUGGAGACCGAGACCGCACACCCGCCACUGACCCGCCGCCCGCCGCUGGCCUCUUCCUGGGAUGCCGCGUGCGGAGCCCUGGCCCAGAGUCUCCAUCUCACCCGGUCUGAUCUCGGCACCCGGGACGCCGACUGGGAGGAGCUGCUGGCGCCGCCUGCCACCGGCCAGGAUCUGGUGAUUUUGAAAAGGAACGUGAACAGCCAAGAUGAAAACCCCUGCUUCCUUUACCUGAGAUGUGACCCUCCUGGAGGUGAAGAAAUCGUUUCUAUUGGCAUUUUAAGUUCAGCAAGAAAUAUGGAAGUAUACUCAGGAGAGGAGUACUGUGGAACCAGUAGGGGCAAGAAUGUUUGUAAUGUUCUGGAUAACAGUGAACAUGAAAAGAUUAUUUUGUACAAAAAAUAUCUAAAAUUGGAGUCUUCCACACAUGCUUGUAAAAUAAAGUUGCUCUCCUUUGGUGAAAAGCAGUGUGCAUUCAUCAGUAAAGUUGUGGUACACGUGAGGCCAGUUUCGGCAAAUUCUUCAGCAGGCUGUCCUGCUCUAGGAUCAAGGAUAGACCUGGAGAGGGUCCAAACCAUCAUGGAGUCCUUGGGGUCAAAGUUGUCACCUGGAGCUCAGCAACUCAUGAAUAUGGUUAGAUUCCAACAGCAGAAUUGUAUUCCCAUCGGACAGCAGCUUCAGUCAGCUUUGGGAAGCACUGGAUUCAAGCACAUGACCGGCCUGCAAUCACCAUCUGUUUCAGGGGCCUUCGACAAGUCAUCCCCCACACCUUUCCCCUCCAGGACUGGAUUGACAUCUGGAAACGUGGCUGAAGACUUAAAAGCUUACAUUGAUAAAAGUACGCAGCCAGCUGGUGGAGGAAAUAUGACAAGCCUCCAAGAGUGUAAAAUUGUGCCACAAAACCAUUCUCUUCCUGAGAAUGAUCUUAAGAAUGCAGUAUCUUCUUUGUUACCAAAGAAAGCAAGUGACAACUCACAUAUACCUAACUCUGAGUUGCUGCCUGUUCUGCAGAAUCUGUGUAGUCAAGUGAACCAUCUCCGUGUGGGACCCAACACCAAGUGGCAGGAAAGCAUCACCAAGCCCGGCGAAGGCACUGUUGGUGUUGCAAUGGAAGAGCAAUCCAUUUGUUCCUACUUGGAAAAGAUUCUUUCUAAAAAUAUGGAACUGAUGGAAAAGAAACUUAUGGACUACAUUGAUCAGCGAAUAUAUAAACUCCAGGAGCACAUAGAUAAUAAGAUUGCUUUGUUAGUGGACUUGCUGCAAAGUCCCAACUCCCCACCCUCUGGCAUGCCUCUAAGACAUUAUGACUCUGGAGAAAGACUUUCAAAUGGAGAAAGAUAGCGCUGAACAUGUUCAAAGUACUACAGAUACUUAUUACAUAUUUAUUACAAAGCCGAACCCCCCAAAAAAGUUUAUGAAAAGCAGGUAUUUAAUGUCAUUUGAGGAUCACCGUUUACUUACGUAAAGCAGUCUCAGUGUUCAUUUUAACUGACUGUUACUGUAAAUCUCAUCCUGUACACUAAGAGUUAACAUGAUAGGGUCAAAAAUUAUUUUUGUUUUCCAUAUUUUUCACUUUUAUAAGAAAUUCACAUAUACCUCUGGGUUGCUUAAAGUGUUCAGAUUUUUUAAGAAUUUCUAAUGCUUUUCAUUAGUUGGUAGUUUAUAUGUGUUUGAUUGGAAUACUCUUAAGUUUCAGAAAGACCUUAUGUUUUACGGGUAUACAAAAUGCUUAGAAUAUUUGAUUGAUAUUGUUUCUUUUUCUAAUUGAUCUUAGAAAACUGGGUACUUAGGACUUGCAACCUUUAAUUUCAGAUCACCAUAUUACCUUUUUUAUUGUUUAUUUCAGAUAAAAAAUCAGAUGGGAUAUUUGGCAUGUGUAAAAUUGGUUUACAUUGGGGCCAUUAAUUUUGUGUUCUGUCACACUGUAGUUAUGGAUAGAAAAGUAAAAAUUAGAACUGACUAUUCUUUGUUAGGAUUAUUACUUUAGAUUUUAUGUUUGAUGUAAAAUGAGAGAAGUCAUCUUGUUUGAUCUCCAUCAACUCAGAAAGUAGAAGGAAUUCUCUCCUUUUCUGAGCUGAUACAGGUUCUUCUUUCCAGAGCCCUUUUCUGAUUAAAGUGUGAAAUGCUGAGGUUCUGCAUUGAAGGAUUAAGGCAUAUGAAUCAAGGAGAUUGCAGUUCUCUCUGGCAGACAUGAUUUUCAGAAAUUAUACCUAUUGUAUAUGUGUUGUAAGGUGAUAUAUUUGCAUCUGAAAAAUAAAUGCAUCCACUCUGGAAAGUACUUGUCUUAAACAAAUAAAAAUAUAUUUUUUUCAUCUAAUAUUUAAAAUGAAAAAGGAUGGUUUACACUCAUUUAGUAUGUUGUAUUUUGAUGAAUUUAGUUCUUUGAAGUGAAAACUAAUAUAAAGUGUGGUCAUUUAUUAAUCACUCUGACCUUAGGGACAUGAGGACUUGUAUAUUACUUUUAUCAGUCUUUUCCUAAUUUAUUAACAACAUAUGUAGCCAUUAGGUAGCAUUUCUUUCAGCACUCAGGAGAAAUGUGUCUCAUUUAAAGCUGAACCCUUUCAUUAAUAGUUUAUACAAUUUCUAAAAAAAAAAAUAGUUUAUACAAUUUCUGAUUAUUGUGGUCUGUUCUUUGAUUCACAAAUUGCUUUAAUAUAAUUAUAACUAGAACACAUAUGCUAUGUUUUCUAAAGUAAUUAAAAUAAAUACAAUAUUCAUGAUUAUAGUAGUAGAAAUAAUUCAGAUGAACUUUAAUUCCUGAUCAUCCAUUUCUUAAUUUCUCCAUGUUAAUAAAAACCUAAAUUACAUAUUAUAUAUAUUAGAGAUUCAUAGGUAUUGAUUUUCUUAUACGUACAAAUUGCUAUACGUAUGUAUAUGUAAUUGCUUUAUUAAAAUUAUUAUCACCUAAGAAAAUACUGCCUGAAUUUGCUCAGAUAGGAGGAGCAGACCACAGUAUGUACAAAAUCUCUAUUAAGUCUUUUUUUUUCUUGUAACUUUUCUGCCCUUGUAUGUGGCACACCCAGUAAGUCAAGUCUGGGAAAUCAGGGCUGGCAAAUGCACCUUCAGAGGUGUCAGGGUAACCACUGCAGUUUGAGGUGGCUGCAAGGGGUGUGUGGGUGAUCAAAAAUUAAAUCAAGAUACAGGUUACGGGGAACUUCCCUGGUGGUGCAGUAGUAAAGAAUCCGCCUGCCAGUGCAAGGGACACGGGUU